CGAUCUUUAAACUUCAAGAGGAUUGGUAACUAUAGCUUGAAUAACCGCUUUAUUUUUGGCGCGAAGGCAUUUUAUAGCUUUGUUAAAAGAAAAAAAGAAUAUUAAGUGAUAUUUAUUGAAACAUAUAAUAAAGGCAUAUCAUAAUAAGAUGGAAGAUCCAGCUACGGCACGCUUAAAAGCUUUAGUUGUAAGCAGCAACGAUGCCUUGGAGUUCAAAUUAGUCCGUAUUAUGGAAGAUUUAGAAAAUGAUGAAACUACAUUUAAACCAGAGAUGUCCCAUCAAGUAUUUGGAGACAGUGAAUCUAUAUUUGGUUACCGGGAUCUUAGAGUGAAGCUAUACUACUCGGCAGGUUGUUUAGAAACUUAUUUGGGCAUGACCUAUUCAGAAAAAGUAAAUAAAUCAAUUUGUGAAGGAGUCGAAGCUGAUGAGGUAUUACCUAAAAUGGUGGAGAAACUUGCACCCAAAGUUCAUGAUAAUAUAGAUUCAUUUAUUAAAUCUCUGGAAAAAGAUGAUACAUUUAGACCUCAUGGAGAAUUGUUGCAUUCAUUUUCCAUUGAUGAUGAAGGAUGCACUAGAAAAUUUGAAGUCUAUAAAGCUGACAUGACUUAUAAAGGUUUCAAGGAAUAUCAUGAACGUCUCCAGACAUUUGUCCUUUGGUAUAUAGAUGCUGCCAAUUUUAUAGAUAUAGACGAUGAUCGGUGGCAUUACUUUAAUAUAUUUGAAAAAUAUCAUUCAGCACAUGGAACUGUUCGCUAUGCAACCACUGGUUUUGCUACUGUGUAUCAGUAUUAUGCAUAUCCACACCAUACUAGACCCCGUAUAGCUCAAGUUCUCAUAUUACCACCAUUUCAAAAUAUGGGCCUUGGUGCACAUUUAUUACAUGCUAUUUAUCGCGAAUAUAUAGGAAGAAAUCAAGUGAAGGAUAUAACAGUUGAGGACCCAUCGGUGACUUUUCAACGAUUAAGAGAUUACGUGGACGCAAUAAACUGCAGCACGUUAUCUAGUUUUUCACGGGAAUGUCUGCUUCAAGGUUUUAAUAAAACUAUGGUUAUGGAAGCGAAAGAGAAAUUCAAGAUAAAUAAGAGACAAACUCGUAGAGUAUAUGAAAUUUUGAGAUUGCGUUCAACUGAUUUAUCAAACGAGAAUGAGUAUCGUGAGUAUAGAUUAGAUGUAAAAAAGAGAUUGAAUAUCCCAUAUAAACGUGAACAAAAUGAUUUAAGAAAGUUGGAGUGUGCACUAAAAAACAUUGGUAAAAAAUCAAAUUACACACUACCUACAUCAGAGCAACGUUUGCAAACUCUUGAAAAAGAAUAUAGGAGUUUAGAAGAGGAGUAUAAAAAAGUUAUAAAGCGAUUGGAAGAUGCAGACGAACUUUGAAAUUCAAUAUUUUCUAAUAUUUUGUUUUCGAUUAAGUCAUAUAUAUAUAUAUACAUACAAAUUAAUUAAUACAAUAUUUAUGAAAUAAUUGGUUAAUUAAUUUUUUGGCUUAGUACUGACUAUUAGAAAGGAAUAUUUUUAACAUGUUGUAAUACAAUUUAAUCAACCGAA